ACGUGAUACCUAUCAGCUUUUGAACUUGGACGGCCGUGACUUCAUGAACACCUGAAGUUCCAAAGCACGUAUGCCCUCACCCCCGAUCCAAGUCUUCCUCACGACAAUCGCGUCGCAGGUCGUCGUAAGGAAGCGCCAAGAAUACAUUCUUCGCAUCCUCCAAACCAAGAAGAUCCCAUACACCUCCUAUGAUCUUGCCUCUGACGAUGAUGCCAAACGUUUGUGGAGGCGUAAGGCCCCGCCUGAUAAGCAACAGCUUCCAGGUAUACUUGUAGGCGGCAAAUUUAUUGGGGACUUUGAUGCCUUCGAAGAAGCCGUCGAAACCGAAGGACUGGCUACCUUCUUGCGGCUAAAUGAAAGCUGGGAUGUCGCCACCGACGAAGAUCGUCCGGCGCCCGAGGUCAAACCCGUUGGUGUGCCCGGGGCCGUCCCCAUCGCGCAAAUGACGCCGGAACAUCACAAGCCCCGAUUCUUUCCCCGUGACCCAGAUACCCCAUUGAAACCAGUGAACAAACACGAAGGCAACUUUGAUGUAAGCACGGAGCUGGAGGGGUACGGGUUGCAGGGCGUAAGAGUCACCGAUGACGAUUUAAGGUUGUUAGUCGAAGAGCUUGGGCUUGAAGGAGACGAUGCAGAGGAUAUGGUCAAGAGUUUGGGUGGUGGUGGGAAUGGAAAGGAUGCUCCCAAGAAGGGUGGUGAGGGUGAUGAGAAAGCAAAGGCGAAGGAAGCGACAAGUACAGACACUAGGGACGCGAGUGUGACAAAGGAGGACAACAAGUGACCCUUGUGGUCUGAUGUAUUAUAUCUGCUUGAUCUAUAUACCAGUCAUGGAAGUGGAACGAAAAUAUUAGCGUCUGGAAUUGGUCUGGAAGG